AUGUCGGUCAUUUUUCUAGGUACAGGAUUCUGGUUCUUCUGGUCCAUUGUCUUGCUGAGUUUUUUUGGGAUCCUGGCUGCCUACACAUCAUUGCUCCUGGUACUUGGAUCUUUGUUGCUUUGGGAGGAGAUAGAAUUGUACCUGCACUGGUGUCAUAAGAUCCUGAUUCUGCUGGUGAUUCUGACAUGCUCGUUCUUUUUCUGGAUUUUAUUAACUUAUUGGAAAGACAGGUGGCUCACUGUUGGGCUGUCACUGCAGGUCUUUGCUCCCUACAUACACCUGAGCAGCAUAUCUGUGAUGGUUAUGCUUUCCUGGCCUGUGGCCUUCUACCUGAUCCAUUUGGAAGGAGAAGGUAGAAUCAGAAGAUACCAGAUGACGUGUUAUGAGAGAAAAAGAAACAAGAGGUGUAAUGUGCUCAUAAAGUUGAGAGCUCUACAAGUGGCUAUUGGAGUGCCCUUUUUUCUCAUCCUUUUGUGUCUCUAUUUGCUUCCAUUGGGGAUUUAUUCUCCCUGUAUUCAAGAGAAGGAUAAAUUGGGACCCAAGCCGAACUUCUUUGGACAUAGAGGUGCACCCAUGCUGGGGCCUGAGAAUACCAUGAUGGCCUUUGAGAAAGCUGUUGAACAUGGGGCCUUUGGGCUGGAGAGUGAUGUACAAAUGAGUUAUGAUCAUGUGCCUUUUCUCAUGCAUGACUCUGACCUGAGAAGAACAACCAAUAUCAAUGAGGUCCUGCCAAAUGCCUCUUUGACCCACCCUUCCUUAUUUGAUUGGGAUUUCCUGUCGACUCUGAAUGCAGGCAAAUGGUUUUCACAUCCACGGUUCAAACCAUUUUACAAUAUGAAGCCCCUAUCAGAGGCUGAUAGAGAAAAAGCAGGAAAUCAGAAGAUUCCAAAACUAACUGAAUUAUUGGAACUUGCACAGAAGGAAAAAAAAUCUGUGAUAUUUGAUCUUAAUGCCCCUGCACCAAGACAUUUUCACAGAAGCUCGUAUGUCCGCCAUGUAGUAAGCGUGAUCCUUGACUCUAAGAUUGAGCAACAUCUGAUUUUUUGGUUGCCUGGUUUUGAUAGGGAGUAUGUCAGGAAAAGAGCUCCUGGUUUUCAGCAAGUGAGCCAGUUAUUCUCCAUUGAACGCCUCACAAAAGAAAAUAUCAGUAGAAUAAAUGUUGACUACAAGAGGUUGUUCUACAGUGGCUUGAGAGAAUAUAAAGCAGUUAACAUCAACAUCAACUUAUACAUUGUCAAUGAACCUUGGCUUUUCUCAUUGGCCUGGUGCUCCAGCAUUCACUCAGUGACCACAGACAACAUUCAGGUCCUAAAUGAGAUAAAUCACCCUUACUUCUUCAUGACACCAAGUUACUAUAAGUUCAUGUGGAUUCUCAUGGAUUGUGUUUCUGCAGUUUUCAUUGUUGCCAUAUUUUAUUUUCUUUGGUGGAGAGAGAGCCAAAAAGAAAAAUUACUCAAGAGCACUGGCAUUCACACAGGGAAACCAAUUUUGCCUGAACUAAGUAAAUGCAUGAGAAGGCUGUUUGAGUACCUCCAAGAGAUACCUAGAAGGGGUGGGCCAAGUUUGGAAUCAGGCAAGGAACAGGAAGACUGGAAAGAAGCCGAAACCACAGUCCAGAUCAAUUCAGGUCAGAAAAAUAUGAGUAAAAUGAAGAAGGAGAGGAACGACUCGCAAUUAAACAAUCAAGAAAAUUCGCCUGAAAGAUCAAACAAUGAAGUAGAUGUCUCCAGUUUACCAGAUCCCAAGUUCAAAAAGGAGAGUCAAACAAAAAACCUACUAGAACUAAAAAGUGAGUUGAGAAGUGUCUCUCUUAAACUCCAGCACCUUGAUGAAUUGAGGACCAUAGGAAAGUCUGCCCAAAGCCUGGAAUCUCAGAGUAUAAGCCUCCGAACUGGAAAAAGUGAGAAUCAAGAACCUUCACAUAUAUCCAUAGAUCCUCCCACCCGAGUUAUGGAAAUCCCUUGGAUUCAAGCAGCCCUCUACCCAACUUUAACCAAGAGUGUAAGGAAACACCCAAACUCUAGCUGUUUUUCAAUAGUCCCCAUGAAGAAAGCCAGCAAACCAGAGCAAGUCAGCAAAACCAUCAAGACACCAAUGCCUGGCAAGGAUGACGUUAGACAACUGGUGCCCACCAUGAAGGCCUUUGAACCCACCCAAGCACCCAUCUGGGAGUCGACCAGAGAGACCCCCUUGCAAACUUCAUUGUCUGCCAUAGAGACGAAUGAAACAAUUUCCUCCGUAGACAUCCCUCAUCCUGAAAAACAAAUUGAAAAGCCCCCCAGUAUUGAAUCUUCAGAAGAAUCCUCUUUUAUGUUUUCCACCACAUCCAGCCUGUCCUUCUUCUCCUUAGGGCUGUCUUCAAAGAAGGAUUAG